AUGUCGAUCUUUAUUUUUCUUUAUUUUGAUCUGUGUAUCUCGAUAUAUUCUUUCUUUUAUUUUUCUUUUUUUGUUUGUUUGUUAGUUUUUCUUUCUUUCUUUCUUUCUUUCUUUCUUUCUUUCUUUCUUUCUUUCUUUCUUUCUUUCUUUCUUUUGUUCUCUUCCUCUCAAUAUUUCGUUCUUCAGCCUGUCUGCCUUUGUUUAUUUUUCCUUUCCUUCUCUUUCUUUCUUGGAAUAUCUUUCUGUUUUAACCUCUUUCUUUCUUUCUUUCUUUCUUUCUUUCUUUCUUUCUUUCUUUCUUUUGUUCUCUUCCUCUCAAUAUUUCAAGAUAUUCUUUUCUCUCUUUCUUUCAUUCUUUUUUUCUUUUCGUUUCUUUAUUUCUUUAAAUAUUCUUCUCUCUGUUUUCACUUCGUUCUUUUUUUCUUUCUUUCUUUCUUUCUUUCUUUUCCGUGUUCUAUUUCUCUCUCUUUCUUCUGCCACCCUCUAUUUAACUUUGAAUAUUUUAUCAUUGUCUUCGUUUCGAUCUUUCCUUUCGUUCUUUCUUUCUUGGAAUAUAUCUCAGUCUUGGUCUUUUUCGUUCUUUCUUUUUUUUUUUUGUUAAUAUUUCUCUGCAUAUUUUGGCUAUUUUCUUUCUUUGUAUAUUUUUCUCGCUGUCUUCAUUUCUGUCGUCUGUUUCGCUUUUUUUCUUUUUUGGAACAUUUCUCUCCGUAUUUUGGUUACUUUAUUUCUUUGAAUAUUUUUCUUGCUCCCUUCGUUUUUUUCUUUCUUUUCAUUUAUGCUCUCUUUCUUUUUCUGGAAUAUAUCUCUUUCUUUCCUUCUUUGAAUAUUUUUCUCCCUGUUUUCGUUUCUUCCUUUUUCGUUGCAUUACUUUCUCUCUCUAUUUUUCUUUAUUUAAUAUAUCUCUUUCUUUCUCUUCCACUUCUUUCUUUGAAUACUUAUCUCCCUUUUAUCCUUUCUUAUUUCUAUCUAUCUAUCUAUCUAUCUAUCUAUCUAUCUAUCUAUCUAUCUAUCUAUCUAUCUAUCUAUUUUUCAAAUCUAUCUAUUUAUCUAUCAUCAUCUAUCUAUCUAUCUAUCUAUCUAUCUAUCUAUCUAUUUUCAAAUCUAUCUUUUUCUAAUCUAUCUAUCUAUCUAUCUAUCUAUCUAUCUAUCUAUCUAUCUAUCUAUCUAUCUGUGUAUUUUUUCAAAUCUAUCUAUCUAUCUAUCUAUUUUUCAAAUCUAUCUAUCUGUGUAUUUUUCAAAUCUAUCUAUCUAUCUAUCUAUCUAUCUAUCUAUCUAUCUAUCUAUCUAUCUAUCUAUCUAUCUUUUCAAAUGUAUCUAUCAAUGGUUGUACAAUGUGGAACUGAUUAUGGCACGGUGGUUGGCUGA